UCCAUCCCCAAAUUCUAGAAAGAAAAAAAAAUGGAAUCUCUUUUUGCUCAAUUCGCCAUUCUUUCGGAGCAAGCUCUUUGUGACAAGAACUUCGAUCCGUACACUAUAGAAGAUGAUCUGAUGAAGCUCUUUGAAGUGGAGGCUUACAAGGCUUGGGCAGCCAUGGAAUUGGAUCAAGAAAAAGAAGUUGAAGAAGCUGAGAAUUUCAUGAAAGAAGCAGAGGAUCAUCUUAACACUGCUAUGGAAGAAGCCAUGGAUGAAUUUCGCCGAUUCGAAGAGGAAAUGAAUGAGAUGGCUAAAUCUGAGUAUGAUAGCCUUGUGAAUGUUGCCGAAAGAGCUAGAAAUAUGGGGAAAACUAUGGAGAAAGUGGCUACAAUUGCUGCAAAAAAGUAUAUUGAAACUGCUGUUAACUCUGCUGGUGCUUCAAUGAAAUCUGCUUUUAAAGCAAUUUCUUCUCACUCUAAAAAGGUUCAUCCUUCUUAACAGAUCUCUCCCUAAUUAUCAAUUUGGACUACACUUGCUGAAUUGUGUUGGAUUAUAAAUGCAUAAUAAGUAUUUAAAGU